AUCAACGGAUUAAAAACCUCGUAAAUUACUCGUGUACCAUGAACCGCUUGUUUCCAGUGCUGUCAUGUGCCGGGUACUGUAAUGUGUAUACUUGUUGUUCAGGUAUGCUACGUCAGUUAGUGCGGUUAAGUUAUGAUGCCGUUUUAAGUUCCCUUUUAAGUUCCCUUUUAAGUUCUCUUUUGCAAACGUCUUCAUUAUAUCGUACGCUGCAUAUCAAUCAUAAUCAAUGGCAGUGAACUGAUCGGUGUUGCAGCGAUAUCUCGAGAACUGCAGGGUGGAGAAAGGUUUAGAAUCGACGUACAGAUUUUUACCGAUAAUUUAGCUGAAAGAUUACGGGUUAUAAAGAAUGAACAACACUUCACGGGAGCUCACAGAUCCGUUGAAUUCCUGUGUUUCCAACUGGAUGGAUCGGAAUACUACUGAUACUGGUGCUGCCGGUGUUCAGUUGUGCCGAUACAGUGACGAACAAAUGUUUCAAGCGUACAUGUUUUAUACGUUUUCGUUCUUGAUACUAUUGUUCGUGUGCACCAUUGGCAAUGUACUGAGUUUGGCUGUCCUGUUGCGCUGCCUACGGAAAUGGCGAACAUCAGCACGUUGCUAUAUGGUGAUCACUGCCAUUGCCGAUCUCGGAGUUCUAUGGCUGGGACUACCAAGCUGCAUUGUGAACAUUGGUCUGUUUUUCAAGUUGCCAUAUUACUCAGUGAGCAACCUGCCGACCAUAAUGAUUAUGGGAGGAAUUACGUCAUGGGGCCAACAAGCGUGUAUGCGCUGGUCUGAUUGGGUACUUGUGGCGUUUUCUAUGGAGAGGUCACUAACCAUAAUAAAUCCUUACCGACUUGAACCGUUACAACGAGUGGCGACGGCUCAAAUUAUUACUGCGUUUCUGCUUAUCCUGUCGCUGGCAUAUGGCAUGUUUGCGUUUGUAAAACGUUACCUCUACUAUAUCCAUUGGAUAAAUGAUAUCUCUGCAAAACUGGACAACGCCCCCGCUUGGUACCCUGGCUGGGAUGAAGUUGAUAGCGCUGCCAAGGUUAUAGUUCAAAUCGUCACCUUUCUACUAAUCCUGAUUCCCAGUGUCAUCCUCAUCGUGUUUCUUGCAAGACACCGCAAGUCAGCAAUUAGUACAAUGCGUCUGCAACAAAAAAAGCCAUUGCGUGUCACCGUAAAAAGAAGCAGUUCUCGCUCCAAAGUGGAAAUCAAUAUCAUUUUACUGAGCAGUGCUGUGCUCUUUCUCGUCACAAGAUCUCCGAGUGUUGUCAAAACGUGUUUAUUCCAGCUGGCAAAUCUCAGUUUUGACUGGUCAGUUAUAUAUUUUGUGUCACCUUUCACCGAUGUGGCUGUCUAUGCUGGAUACUCGUUUACGUUUUUCAUUUAUCUCCUCACCGAGCGGAAUUUUCGAGAGAAUUUUCUCAAAUUAAUUUCUCCUUUCCGGUCCGAUAAUACCUACAUUCGCCGUACUGGGACGAAGCGAUGCGGUGAACAUUUUCAGAUGGGACUAUCUACAUCGGCAUGGGCGGCUAGUGCUUGCGUUGAACGGCCAACGACUUCCACCUGGUGCAGAUCAUGACAAAAAUGCGUUUGAUUUUAUGAAGUUUAUAUAAAGUCGUGCGGUGUAAAACUAGAAACCUAAAGCGAUUCUACAAAAUGUCACUAUUUCUGACUUUUCUGAUGCGCAUUCAACUUGAUGACUAUCGCGCCAUUUGAAACUGCGAUAUUUUACUCAGACCUGGAAAUCCGUCUUUAUUACAGAAUAUUAAUUUAUCAUCCACUGUAUGGAUGGUGCAAAGAAAAUCUCCACGGGCGUUUUUACCGGCGAAUAAAUCAUAU